AUGAGAAAUGCUAUUGUAAAGUACACAGUAGCAGGUCUUUGUAUUGUUCUUGGGUACCAAAUGUGCAUGGAUAUCCUCUCUUCUCUAAAAAGCUGGAUCCGGAUUUAUAUCGAGAAGAGAAUGGAAAAGGACGUGAAUACGAUAUAUAGCAUAAAGAAAAAGAUAGGUUCGGGAAAGACGGCUAUUAUCUAUCAGGCAGAACGAUUGUCCGAUGGAAAAGAAGUUUGUAUUAAAGUUCUAUUCGCUUAUGAUCCCAUUUUGACAAGAUCCAAUGCCUUUUGUAACGAGAGAGAUAUUCUCGCAAAGUGCCACCACCCCAAUAUUAUUCGCUGCUAUUGUACAAGAAAAACAACGCUCUGUCGAAUCAUUGAACUGGAGUAUUCACCGAAUGGCAGUUUGUAUGACUUCAUUCAGUGUCACGGCUGCUUAUCCGAGAUUCAAGCCAUUCAGAUGCUAAAGCAACUCUUCGAUGCUUUGCUGUUUUUAUACGAAGACCAUAUGAUUGUGCAUCGCGACAUCAAGCCCGAGAAUAUAUUAGUUUUCCGGAAUAGUUUUCCUCACUCGGACCUUCUCAGUGAAUAUACCGAGUUUUUACGAAGCGAAAAUAGUAUCAUCUACAAGCUUUGUGAUUUCGGAUUUAGCGGCUCGAAUCAUGCGCUCUGCGAUUAUACAAGACCCGAUGUUUAUGUUGGCGAGGCAGACCAUACUUUGCAGAGCGAUCUCUGGUCGCUGGGGAUCGUUUGCUACUUUGCUCUGUUCAUGAGAAACCCCUAUUUGGAAUGGACUCGGACGAAGGAUAAGUCGCUGUUUCUGGACAAUUGCUGUGUUGAAAAGCAGACCCAGAUUGAAGAGUAUUGGCUGGGAGAGGACUCGUGA